AUGGCAUUCAAUGGAACUUGGAAGGUUGACCGGAAUGAGAACUAUGACAAGUUCAUGGAAAAACUGGGUAUCAAUAUGGUGAAAAGAAAGCUUGCUGCUCAUGACAAUUUGAAACUGAUCAUUACACAAGAUGGAAAUAAAAUCAAAAUCAAGGAAUCAAGCAAUUUUAGGACCAUUGAAAUUGAGUUUGAGCUUGGAGUCAAUUUUAACUACACCAUGGCGGAUGGAACGGAACUCUCGGGAACAUGGACCAUGGAGGGCGCCCAGCUUGUUGGAAAGUUCAAGCGGGUAGACAAUGGAAAAGAUCUGAAUACCGUCCGAGAAAUUAUUGGUGGUGAGCUAGUCCAGACUUACAACUAUGAAGGAGUAGAAGCCAAGAGGAUCUUCAAAAAGGAAUGA